CUCAAUGGGAAAUCACCUCGAUUGAUGAAGCAAGCGCUUUGAAGACCAGGAAGAUGAUAACGAUGCUCAAAUCAGAAGAUCAUGUAGCAGUAUUAUGCCUAAAUCGAGGCAGAGUUAUAAGUCUCCACAUGAUUACCAAGAGUUGGCACCCAAACAUUUGAGGAAUAAGAAAUCUGUCUGCCAACAAUACACUAAUUUGCUAAACCAAGAUCUGCUUGAAACGCCUCAAAAGUCCCCUGGGACAGAGUAUGAAGCCAGAAAGGAAGAAGAAAACUUGUCUGCUGAGGACCCAAAGAAUCUCACACUUGAAGAUAGGUUCCAAAAAUGACUUCAAAAAUCAAUUGCAAAAAGCAGGAAAUCAAACGUCCCAAAACGUAGGAAAAAUGCAAAGGCUAAAAGGAUGUUCUCUAUCCUUGAGAAAUAUAGGAACAAGUCCACUAACCAGAAUAUUUUAAGUGAUCUGAAGUUCUCUGAUGAGGAGGAAUCACAAGAAGAAAACCCGUUUAAGGCUCAUAAUACAUCCAUCGAGCACAGCUUAUUUAGCAACCUAGACGUUUCAUGUAUUAUUGAGAAAGGCAAAGAUGUGCUUAAUGAUUCUGAUAUUGAUAUUCCACAACAGAUAGAGCGGACUAUUUCAAAGUCUCUUAGCAAAGAUUGUAGCAGUUAUGCCAACUAUCCUGUAAAUGAGCAGAUCGGGGAUGAUAGCCAAGAUAAUAUGAUAUUCUCCCUCGCCCAAGAAGCUGAGAUUGAGAGAAUAAAUUCCACAGAGUUACAAAAACCUGAUUUUGAAACUGUAGAAGACGGUUGAAGGCCUGACAAUACUCCGACCAGAAAUUUAGGCUAAACUCUUUGGCCCAAUACAUCUCUCUCACUUAAGGACUUUGUGGGUCUAUAAUGGUCCAUUUGGUCCUUAAAACUCCAUUUUCUCUGUAAUUAUCUGAUCUCAGAUGAAUACCUAUUCUUAAUCUUAAAUUCGCAUU